AUGAAGAGCACAAUGGGGAGGUCCUCAGUAGUUUCCUUCACCUUUCCGUCAGUGAAGGCUCUCAGUUGUUGUUUAAGGUACCUUUGUAUUCAGAGUAGCACUAUAAAGAUUAUUUUUUCGAAUCGAACAGGUUCUUCUGAAAUGCGCUUGUCAGGGACUAAUAUUCCUGAAUGCAGUUUUUCGGAGAUAGUCAUCGAGGUUUUCGAUAAUGAUGGGAUGCCUGGAGCAGCAACUGAUAAUAUCACGGGCGUUAAAAAGGAUUUUUCGUGGGCGGUCGAUGGUCCUUUGUUGCUUCGGACACUACGGCUUUUUGAAGGGUGUGAUUCUCUAACGUUAGAAUUAGGCCAUGAUCUUACUAGUGUUUUUAUAUAUGAAAACGAAUGCGAACGUUGGGCGAGAAUUGGCGCUCUUCAUGAUCUUGGACCGAUUUUGAACAUAGAGCACGAGAUAACACUUCUUCACCGUAUCCAUGACAUUCAAUCAUUUUGCCACAUUGUAAGGUUUAUUGCAACCUCACAGGAAGCCAAUUGUACCAUUGCACUUCGCUUUGAUAGCCUGCAAUCAUAUAUAGAGCUUAAAACAUCGAAUACCACUGGCUCGGCUCUUGUUGAUGGUGAGAUGCUGCAAUGUCAAGUUGAGGGACGCGCAGGGACAGCAGAACUUUUUGGGUUUGCCGAACUGGCUAUGCGAGUAAGUAGCUCUGCGACACUUUUUGUUGGAUUUGGCGUUGAUAGUCUUGCCAUGUUUAGGCUAGACUGGCAAUCUGUUUCGUCUGAAAGGUCGUCAGCCUUUUUAUAUUUUUCUAGUGGUUAG